UCAAACUGAGGUGUCCCCUGUUGUCUCUCUCUGCCCCCCCCCCCCCCCCCCCAUUUAGGGCGGUCACCCUAACAGGCUCCAGUGUGGUAUUGAGGUCGGGGGUCGCCUCUUCCUUCUGGAUCUGGAGAAGAAUCAGUGAGUGUGAUUUACAGAGAGUCACUGAAUGCAUCAUAGAUACAGAGUGUGAUGUGUGUGUGUGUGUGUGUGUCUCUGCAGUGACUUGCUGCCCAAACCUCCAAACGUUUUCUAUUACCUUCCCAACGGCACCGGGGUGUCUGUGAGAGCCAACGCUGUGGUGAGUCAGUGAACGCACCAUCACUGUCUGUGUGUGUCUGUGUGUGAGUGUGUGUGUGUGAGUGUGUGUAUCUGUUACUCAUGUUUGUGUGUUUCUGCACAGACCCACUGUUAUUACCAUGGCAAUGUCCGAGGGUUCCCCCAGUCCAGAGUCGCUCUGAGUACCUGCUCUGGACUCCGGUCAGUCACCUGUUACACACACACACACACAGACACACACAGACAGACACGGAUGAUAAACAGUCCCUAACAGACAAAGACCAAUAAAGUCUCAACGGUUUUCAGCUGGUCCGGACUCCUGUAGACCUGGACCUCAAAGAUCAGACCUCUUAUUCUGAGUAUCAGAUCUGACCUGGACAGGGCUGGGCGAUAAAAUUAUAACAAUAUAUAUCUAAAUUUAGUUUCCCUCAGUAUCGAUAUAAGACAUGAUCGAUAUGGUUUUCCAAUGUUCGUCAUUAAAAAGGAGAAAAGUUCGCUUUCCAGGAUUUCUCUGGUUUAGAGCGGUGAGGUGUUUGGUGUGUGUCUCCCUGUUAAAAGACACAGAUACAGAUGUCCAGUUUAGUGGUUUUAUUGGACUGUGUUUCUGCUGAUAAAGAUUUAAAACAACAAUCAGUCCAGCUUGCACCGUACAGAACAUGAAUAUGGAGUAACGUGAGAUAGCAUUAGUCAUAUUCAAAGUAAACAAUAAACAUAAACACAAUAUAACAUCCAACAGUGAAACAUCAUCAAACUCACUUCUGACAUUUACUGUAUUUUUUGCACUAAAAGGUGCACUUAAAAUCUGUUUGGCUUGUCGGAGCACUGCAGCUACCGUAGCGUCGCAGAGUUAUUGAAUGAGUUAAAUAAAGUUUGACUUGUCUGAUUGUUUUGUUUGGCUUAAUGCGCUUUAUGAAUGAAAACAGACGUGAAUAGAUACGUUCAUUGAUGGUGCGCCUUAUAGUGCAAAAAAUAUGAUACACACAAUAAACCAGGAUGUGAAGUUGAACAUUGGGUAAAAACAGGGAAGAGGAAAUUAACAAACUAUCCUCUGCUGCAUGAGGAGAAAAACUAAACUUUUACAGGUGCAUUAAAACCAUAGACUGGAAUGGACGCCGUCUGCCUCCUCUCUGGGUGAAGCCACUCUGAGAACAGCACCCUCUGGUGACGGGCUGCAGUAUAGGUCAUAAAUCCCGCCUCCUUAUGGAGCUAUGGACAAACUUUAUAAAUUAAUGACACAGAAUAUAAAUGUUUCUCCCCCCUGGUUGUGAUGUUGACAUGUAGUUACUGUCAAACUGGUUUGUCCUCUUUUUUUCUGUACAGCUCCAUUUUUAAAAGUUAUUAAGGGGUUCGUGUUUUCUAUGAUUGACACUUGAUACAGCCUAUGGGUGUACCAAGAUUGAGUAGCUCACCUGGGGAAUACGCUGUUUGAGCUGAUCGUCAUCACAGCGACUCUCCCACCGAAUGCGUACGAUGUUGGUUUGAGGAAGUGUAGGAAAACACAGAAUUACAGAGAACUUUUCAGCUUGAAAUCUGUGUACUGGCGAAGGGUGGAACCAAGUUGCCCGUAGUACAGUCUAUGGAUCAAUCGUGUUGGAAUGCCUAUGGUGUGUUCAUGAGCGUAGGACAGAUGAAAACUCACUGUAAAACUGAAAAUAACUGAACAGUAUUUACUUAAAAACACAGAAACAACACAGACAUUCUGACACUUUCUCUACGGCAACGCCUUACGACAAAACGUCACAGAGACACAAAGACCUCACAGAUGCAGUAGAUUAUUAAAAAAUACAGUCGACCAAUAAACACUGUUAUCAACUGAUUUGAUAAAAAUACACGGUGAUAAAUUUUUUACCAUAUCAACAAGCCCUAGACCUGGAUCUUAUCAAACCCCCAGACUAGUCUCUGAGGAGUUUUCUGGUCCUGAGGAACUUGGACUGAGAUCAGGGACAGAGAUCCAGACCUGCAGGUGUGAAGAGUCCGGUCCGGUCGGGUUGGUCCAGUUGAUCCUGGUUUACAGGAGGACGGCUCUUUCAGAGAACUUCCCUGUUUUUCCCUCGAACCCUGAACUCUAAUCUGUCCUGAAAACCCCCUGAGCCGGUUUACUCAGAGUCCACGAUUUACACUGAUUCAGGUCUUUGUGUUGGGGGGGGGGGGGGAUCACAGGUGAUCCAGAUCAGCAGGUGACCUCUGACCCCUGAGAGCCGUAGUGUGGAGGCCUCAACAGGAUUAAGGGGGGUGGGGGUCUGUAAACCAGCCAACGUGAUCAGAACCUGGUCCAGGACCUGGUUUUCAGGUCAGGGAACAGAGCAGCUGAGGGUUCUUCUUGACCCGCGUCUGGUCUGACAGGCGCAGAACUCAGCCUUACAGCAGACACACACACAAACACACACACACACACACACACACACACACACACACACACACACACCCGGGGCUGAAACCGGUCCUGGGAAACCUGGACCCGGGUUCCUCAAGAGUCUUUGUGUGUUUCCUCCUUCAGUGGCGUCAUCGCCAUCAACGCCACCAUGAGCUUCGAGCUGAAGCCUCAGGACCACUCCCCCCACCACCAGGGGGAGGAGCAGGGGCUGGGGUGGGGGGGUGGGGGAGACGGGAGUGGGGGGAGCGGAGGAGGAGGAGGAGGAGGACCAGAUGAAGAUGAUGAAGUCCACCUGCUGUUCUCCACCAGUCCUCUGGAGGGCGACAGUCCUGGAGGCUGUGGGGUGUCUCAUACACCUGUCCCCCCCAUCCACAGCUCCACCCACACUCACAGGGUGAGUCAGCAAAGCAUCCUGGGUAAUGUAGUAUCAGCUGACUGAGUGUAUUCUUCCUGUUUCUGCCCGACAGCCGGACCGUCUGUCUUUAAGGUCUUAAAUCAGGACCUAGGUCUCCUCGUCCUCCAUAAUCAAGAGUUAUUUUUCUGUUUACUGACCUCUGACCUCUCUGUGUCUGUCUGCAGUGGAAGAGGGACAUCCUGUCUGAGACCAAGUACAUCGAACUGGUUCUGGUGGCAGACCACCAAGAGGUCAGUGAGUCCGCAGCCUCAGGCGAACCGAACCCUUUAGGAUUCAGGGUCUGUAAAGUCCGGACCCCUGCUGGUUCUGCUGGUUCCCCUCAGAGUCUGACGGCAUUAACCCUUUAAAGGACACACACACUGAAAUACUUUAACCUUCGAGGGUUUUUGGAGGUCAGAACUAAACUUCAAUUCUGCUGAAAUGUCUGUUAAAAAACUGUAAAAAUCAAAGUUAAUGAAGUUUCCAUCUGUGGUUUCUUAGCUGUAAGUGUUAAAAAAAGUGUGUUCAUUAAAAAAUACCAGAAAAACACAUACACUACAGGCCAUAAGCUUGGAAGCAAGGCCAUUACAGGCCAAACAGUUGGGAGUAACUUCAAGUUUUUGUUCACAAUAGUUGGGUCACGAAGUAAGAUUCUGUGACCAUCCUCUGGCAAGGAUGUUUUGAUGACUGAUUGGACCUCUAUGGACCCUUUAGAAAAGGAGCUACACAUUUAGUCAUUCUUUUGAACCUACAGUUAGAGGAGCUACACAUUUGAUCUGUAAAGACAGUGUGCAUGCAGCAUACAUAGCUGCUUGAAUAUGGAAGAAAAUAAUAUACCAACAGGGACAGACAGACAGUCAUGUAUUCUCCAGUGUGGUAGUCUGUGUAAUGAAGCCACAGAUACCAUUAAGUCAAACCAGAGAUGGGAAAACAUAAAACACAGGGCACUGUUAUGGAGUGGCCUUGACAAGUUUGGACAUGUUUAUACAACUGUCGAUUGUGAUAAAGGUCCGGUUGGAAAAUGUGUGCAUGAAGCAUGUAGGUUGACCCUAUUCAAUUCUAAUAAACUGGAACAAGCCAAAAAAAGACUGAGGCAACAUUUAGGAAAGCAGCAGCACUAAACAAGCAGCAUGUGCUAACCUGCCCUGACAUGAAGGGACAGACAAUCAAAUUGCCUGAGUUAAGUACUGCUGCUGACAUGAAUCAAGCAUACUGGAUAGUUUGAGUGCAAUAUUCACUGGCCUUUAUGUUGUUGUUAAGUUAAGUUUUCUCUGUACUUGAUCACUGGUUGGUGGGGUACCCCUAGAUGACAGUGAAACGAUAAUGUUAGGACUUGUAAGAUCCUCAAAGAAAAAGAUCGUCACUGCAGCCAAAGUAAUCAACAAACAAUGCUAAACCAUUGGCCAAAUUGUCAAAUGAUAUAAGAAAAAGGCAAAAAUUGUGAAUAUAGCCAAUCUACAAGCUCACACGCCUCACAAUACAAGGUGUUAUGGGCUUGUAGAUCUGCAAAUUUCACAAUAUCUAUAUGUGGAACAGAGUCAAACAAAUUGGGGGUUACCCAGUUCAAAUAUGAUUGUCUUGGGGGGUCAAGUCCUGAAAAGGUUGAGAAUCACAGUACAUGAUGGCAGCCAUCUUGAAUAUCGCGGUCAAAACAAAGUUGUAUGAUUAAAACUAUGUCAGAUUUGUAAUCCUCAUGCUUGACUUAUAUGGAAAAGUGCCUUCAUACAUGAUUCUAGGUCAUCCAGAUCAAAAGUUAAAUUUAAGAGACGGCGCCGGCCGCCGUCUUGAAUUUAGCUGUCUAGCAAAAGAUGCUGGGAUUUUUGUGAGGGACCUGGGGGCUAAAUCUUUUCUAAAGGGUCCAUAGAGGUCAAAUCAAUUGUCAAAAUAUCCUUGCCAGAGUAUGAUCACAGAAUCUCACUUCGUGACCCGACUGCAAUGCUUUUUUUGUAAAUCCAGCAUGAGUUGUAUGUAUUUUGGGAUGUAUUUACUUCAUGAUUAGAUGUUGCUUUCAUGGAAAUGCACCAUUUUACUCCAUUUACCUUUAGAUAUACAUUGAUGUUAACAGAAACAGGAAAAAAAGGGCUUAGUUUUAGGGUCGAAACAUUUGCAAGAGUCACAACUUCAGUGCAAAAGCAAAAAAAACACAUCACAGUUGGAUUAUUCACUUUAACUUUUUGGCUUUUGAGAGCCUGCAUACAAAAAUACUAAUAAAUCUCAACUGCAUCAAACCACUGCAGAAAUGGCUAGAAAGAAGCAACUGAGUAAAGAAACAAAAGUACAGAUUUGUACAUUGAGGAAAGAAGGAUACACAGAAAGAGAAAUUGCAAAACGUCUAAUGGUGUCUAACACAGGACUCCACUACAUUCUGAAGAGACUAGAGGAACCUGGAAGUUAUGAUAAUAGAAAAAGGCCUGGAUGAAAGAGAGUUACUACAAAAGCAGAGGACAAACAUAUUAUUGUCACCAGUAAGACAGAUUGGUGAAAGACAACUCCACAAAUAAGGGAGAAAAUCAAUAUGAAAAGGUCGAAACCCAUAUCUCUGACAACUGUGAAAUGACGUUUGAGAAAGGCUGGUCUGAAGGGUUGUGUAUCUGCAAAAAAAACACUACUUAGUCCACAGAACAAGAAAAAGAGAUAUGAGUGGGCAAAAGCUCACAAAAAUUGGACUUAUAAUGACUAGAAACAAGUUUGCACUGUUUGGUUCAAAAUGCAGAGUCUAUGUCCGAAGACAAACUGAUGAACAUCUGAAAGCACCAUGUGUUACACCCACAAUUAAGCAAGGAGGUGGUAGUUCCAUGGUAUGGGGAUGUUUUGCAGGUGAUGGAGUAGGAGAUUUGUUUGAAGUAAAGGGUAUCAUCCUCCUGCAUCCUCCAGCACCAUGCUGUUCCAUCUGGAUUCAGACUUGUGGGUCACAAGUUUGUUUUGCAGUUAGACAAUGACCCUAAGCAGUCUGCCAAGCUCUGUCAGGGUUACCUAGACAAAAAAGAAGAGGAAGGUGUUCUUCAAAAGAUGGUUUGGCCCCCUCAGUCUCUAGACCUUUCUCCAAUAGAGCUUGUGUGGGAUGAAUUGGAUCGAUCGGUCAGAAAAGCGUGUUCCGUGAAUCAGCAGUAUCUUUUUAAUGAAGUUAACCCUUCCGGACCCUGUGGCCGAAUUCGGCCAUUUGACGAAAAAACAAGAGACUCAUUUGGAUAUUUUUUUUUUUUUACUGCAGCAAAUGUGAUGAUUUUUUUUUUCUAAGCUUAAUUUAAAAUUCUACUUGAAAACAUGGAUUGAACAUUUUCACCAGGUCAAUAAUAAAGCCAGGACAAAUUUUCACCCUCCAGAGUCCCUCGUGGCCGAAAAAAGCCACUUUUUUUGUCGGCUGUAAAAUCAUAUUGGAUUAAUAUUUUUUUCUGAUUUUUUUUCAUACAUCUCUUAUUUUACUUCUGCCCUGUUCAAAACUAGCAAAUGUUUCAUUGAAAAUAAAAUUUUAACCCUUUAAGGGCCAGUUUAAGGCAUAAAGUCACUUAAAAAGCAAAAAAAAAAUGGAAGGAAAAAUUUAAGGAAAAUGACCCAUUUUUUUUAUAAAACAUGAUCAGAAACUGGUAAUCUCUUGCAGGGUAUUUAAGUCUUGAAUAUGUCAAAGAUUUACAAUAUGAAAGGAUACAAUAAGAAAGGAUUUACAAAUCAUUGUAUUCUGUUUUUAUUUACAUUUAUCACAAUUUCCAACUUCAAUGGAAUUAGAUUAUAUACAUGUCAUCACUUAGUACAACUAUUAGUACAACUAUUCAACAGUAAAACAUGUAAAUUUCACGAACUUAUCAUCACUGAACUAAACUAACUUACUAUCGUUAGUGUAGUACAGAAAUCUAAAGUGAAUUGAGCCACAUGGGCAUCUUUUUCAGCCUUCAGAGAAAAAAGGCCAGGUCUCUGCUGAUUGGUCGAAUACAACAUUGAUCUCUUCUGAUUGGUUGAGUGAGGACCACAUUCCUCAUGACCUCACUGAGGUACUGAAGGGCGGCCAUAGUUAAAGUGUGCAGAAAUGACCACAAAUAGGCCCAAUCCCAAACCGCCCCCUACACACUCCCCCUCUGUUUGCGCAUCCCCACGGAAGCUCUGCCAUAUUGAAGGUCGUCCCAAACCACAGAGUGUGGAGGGCAAGUGGACCGUUCAGCCCUUCAAUAGUGAGUCUGCACCGGUGCAAACUUACGGCAGGAUUUACAGGUAGUGCGCCGGCAAAUAUAGAGGAGGAGGACACAACAUACAAAUAUAAGUUCCAUUUGUGUCUGCCUUUUUCUCACUGACAAAAAAAAAAUCACAAAGACGUGGUUUGGAAAGAUCAAACGGAAGUAAAAAAUCUUCCUCUGUGCUGAGGUUUGAUUUGAUUGGUCAGAAACUUGUCUAAUAGUUUAAAGAUGAGUGGAAUCGCUAACAAUCAGAAGUUUAAUUUAGUUCCUGUCUCUGUGAUGGUUCCUGGAUUUAUGAUUUUACUGGGACAAUGAAGAAACAAGGCAGACGGAUCAGAACUGAACAUGAUGUCCAUUUACUUUAGAAAGAAACCCUACCAUGCACAGGACAUGUCUUUGUGUUGCUAUGGCGAUAGAUCUUUCUGUUUUCCGGUGGAGUGAGGAGGGCGUCCCAUACCUGCCCGUCUUGGUUAUACCCUCCAGUUUUAAUGGAGGCGCACUCCACAGCUGAGAGUGGAACUUCAUUAGGAGAGACACUCAGGAGUGAAGGGAGAGAGUGUAGGGGUCAGUUUGGGAUUGGGCUUUACUCACUGACUCAAAUCAGCUGAUCCAUCACAGACCCAGAGUCCUCAGGGGGGACCUGACCCAACAAACCAGAACCAUGUGAAAAGCACUUUGUCUGUGAUGCUGCUGUGACAAAAAAAUUUCCCCCAUGGGGGAUCAAUAAAGUAAUAUUCUAUUCUAUUCUAUUCUUCUGUUCUAUCAGAACCAGGUCCAGACUUUGGUCUCAUUAAGUUCUCUCUUUGUUUCUCCCAGUUCCUGAACUACCAGAAGAACAACAACACCAUCAUCUACCGCAUGCUGGACGUGGCCAACCAGGUGGACUGGGUGAGACCUCUUUCCCCUCUGACCUCUGUGAGACAGUGUGAUAUCUGCAGAAGAACUGACCCAUUUUUCUCUCUCUCAGUUCUACCGUCCUUUGAACGUCCGCGUGGCGCUGACCGGUCUGGAGAUCUGGAGCGACCGGGACAAGAUCAGGGUGGAGAGGAGUCCUACCGACACACUCACCAACUUCCUGGAGUGGAGGAGCCGAGACCUGCUGCCCCGCCUUCGCCAUGACAACGCCCAGCUGGUCAUGUAGGCGGAGUCACACUGACAGAACACACCGGUCCUGACCCGGGUUCUGGUACUUAACAGGUGUCUCUGUGUCACAGGGGGGAAUCUUUUGACGGGACCACCGUGGGGAUGGCGUCUCAGUCCUCCAUGUGCUCCAGGGACCGGUCCGGGGGGGUCAACGUGGUGAGUGAUCCGGACUCUGAGAGACGGACCAGACAAUUCCUGGUUCUGGUCCUUGAUGAAGUGAAACUGCUGCUGUGUUCUUCUGUGAUCCGAUACGGAACUCUGAACAGAACUGGGGUGGUCUGAACACCUGUCUCUGUCUCAGGAUCACCUGGUCAGCGUUCUGGGCGUGGCCUCCACCGUCGCUCAUGAACUGGGUCACAACCUGGGGAUGAGUCACGACACCGCAGAGCGCCGCUGCUCCUGUCAGAACGAACCCCGGCUCGGAGGAUGUAUCAUGGAACCGUCAACCGGGUCAGAACCGUCAGGUUUAAGACUGGAUCAGAGCUCACAGUACUUUGCUUCUGUUCAUGUGGGUCCGGACCAUGUCCAGCUUUCUCUCUGACAUCUUCUACCUGUGAUCUUUGACCCCAGGUUCAUGCCAGGUCAGCAGUUCAGCAGCUGCAGCGCCGCAGAUCUGUCCGUCAGUCUGCUCCAUGGCGGUGGGAUGUGUCUGUUCAACGUCCCACAACCAGAGAGGCUGCUGGGAGGACCACGUUGUGGAAACCUGUAUGUGGAGAAAGGGGAGGAGUGUGACUGCGGCCUGAUGGAGGUAAACACACACACACACACACCUGUACACAAACCUGUACACACACCUUUCUACUCACCUGAACACACACCUAUACACACCUGUACACAAACCUGUACACACACCUGUACACAAACCUGUCUACACACCUGUACACAAACCUGUACAUACACCUUUCUACUCACCUGAACACACACCUAUACACACCUGUACACAAACCUGUACACACACCUGUACACACCUGUGCACACCUGUACACACUUCCUGCCGAGAGAGCUAACAGCUGUGCUAAUCACGGCUGUUUACAUACCACCCGAUGCUAACGUUAGCUCAGCUCUCGCGCUCCUAUCGAACACUAUACAGAAGCUACAGAGGGCCCACCCGGACGGGGCACACAUAAUUGCAGGUGACUUUAAUCAAGCAAACUUGAAGUCUGUUCUGCCUGGACUUUACCAACAUAUUAAAUGCCCAACCAGGGAGGGAAAUGCACUCUACCAUGUUUACACUAACAUUAAAUAUGCAUACAGAGUUAGACAGCUUCCACACCUGGGCCAGUCGGACCACCUCUCUCUGCAUCUUAUCCCUGCUUACACUCCUCUGAGGAGGAGAACGGCUCCAGUGAAAAAGACCAUCACCACCUGGCCUGAGGAUGCACCCUUCCAGCUGCAGGACUGUUCCGAGCACACUGACUGGAGUAUAUUUGAACACCACGACCUGACAGUGUACACAGAGGCUGUGCUGAAGUACAUCACGUUCUGCAUGGAGACUGUCACUGUCGUCAGACAUAUCCGGUUUCCUAACCAGAAAGCCUGGAUGACCAACGAGGUUAGGUCACUCCUCAGAAACCGGAACAGUGCUUUCAGGUCUGGUGACAAAGAUCUGUACAGUGCGGCGAGAGCUGAACUGAAAAGGGGCAUCAGGAAGGCCAAGAUGAACCAUAAGAGAGUACUGGAAGACCACCUCUCAAAAAACAACCCCAGACAGGUGUGGCAGGGAAUACAGCAGCUGACCAACUUCAGGUGACAAACCAGCUCAGCCGUGGACUCGAGUACCGCACUAGCAGAGGAGCUGAACACUUUCUUUGCACACUUUGAGCCCACAGCCCUGAGCUACGAUCCACUGACUUUGCAGGUACAGGAGGUGGCACGGAUGCUCGCCAGAGUGAACCCCAGGAAGGCAGCUGGACCAGACGGUGUUCCUGGGAAAGUUCUCAGGGCCUGUGCAAACCAGCUAUCCCAUGUCUUCACCAACAUCUUCAACCUCUCCCUGUCUCGAGCCACUGUCCCCGCCUGUCUGAAGUCCACCACCAUCAUCCUGGUACCCAAGAAACCCCACGUCACCAGUCUAAACGACUACCGUCCAGUGGCCCUUACACCGGUCAUCACAAAGUGUCUGGAACGGCUGGUCCUCUCCCAUAUCACAGACUGUCCUCCCCCCUCCUUCGAACCCCACCAGUUUGCCUAAAAAGCAAACAGAUCGACUGAGGACAUCCCUCAUCCUUCACUCCGUGCUGAGCCAUCUGGAACACAGAGACACCUAGGCCAGGGUGCUCUUUGUGGGCUUCAACUCAGCCUUCAACACAAUCAUCCCCGACAUCCUGGUCAGCAAACUCACUGUCCUGGGACUGCAUCCUGUCACCUGUUCGUGGAUCAAAGAUUUCCUCACAAACAGACCACAGACAGUCAGACUCGGAACCCACCUGUCCUCCACCCGUACACUGAGCACGGGCUCCCCACAAGGCUGUGUGUUGAGCCCACUGCUCUUCACCCUGUACACCGCUGACUGCAAACCUCUUCACGCUUCCAACACCAUAGCAAAGUUUGUGGACGACACCACGGUGGUGAGGCUGAUCACAGGUGGAGACGAAUCUGCCGAUAGAGAUGAAGAUCUGUCUGUGUGGUGUCAAACUCACAACCUGAUUUUAAACACCACAAAGACAAAAGAGAUCAUCGUGGACUUCAGGAGGCACAGAUCUGAGCUGCGCCCCCUCAGCAUAAAUGGUGACUGGGUAGAGAGGGUCCACAGCUUCAAGCUCCUGGGCACCAUCAUCUCAGCUGACCUCUCGUGGACUGAGAACACCAGAGCUGUCAUCAAAAAGGCCCAGUAGCGUCUGUACUUCCUGAGAGUGCUCAGGAAGAACAAUGUUGGAGAGGAGCUGCUGAGAACCUUUUACACAUCCACCAUCCAGAACGUCCUGAUGCACUGCAACACAGUGUGGUUCUCCCACUGCAAUGAGGCGGAGCGGCAGGGGCCCCAGAGGGUGGUGAGGACAGCAGAGAGGAUCAUCGGCUGUCCCCUCCCCUCCCUGAGGGACAUCCACACCUCCCGCUGCCUGAGUAGAGCUCAGGCAAUCAUCACAGACUGCACCCACCCUGCCUUUCACCUGUUUGACCUGCUGCCCUCGGGCAGACGCUACCGGUCAAUCAAAACAAGAACAAACAGACUCAGGAACAGCUUCUUCCCUCACACAGUCACUACAUUGGACACACAUAUACACCUCAUCCCCUCUCUGCUCUCCAAACCACACACACACACACACACACACACACACACACACACACACACACCCCCCCCCCCCCCCCCCCCCAAACAGUCGGACUGCUUAAACCCCCCCCACACACACACUCACACACACGCACGCACACACCACACCGCUGGACUGCUGCUACAUGACGACAUGUGAUUUGCACUACAUAUGAUUUGCACUACCUUUACACUGUACUGUGACGCUGCACUGUUGCACACUUUGUACAUAGUAUCCUAUUUUUAUUCUAUUUUUUAUUUUGUACUAUUUUAUUUCAUAUUUUAUUCUAUUUUUUAUGACUUCACAUAGGAAAACCCCACUCCAAGCUGUUUUUAAUUUCGUUGUAUGCCUCAUACAAUGACAAGAAAAAGUCUGAGUCUGAGUCUGAGUCUACACAUCUGUACAUACACCUGAACACACCUGUUCACCUGUCUUCACACCUGUACACACACCUGUGCACACCUGUACACAGCUGUAAACACACCUGUACACCUGUUUGUUAGUUUUUCUCGCUCCAUGUUUGGUUUGUGUUUCCUGUUUGAAAAAUAUUGUCACAGACUUGUAUGUGUGCGUUGAUGUGUUGCUGCGCUCUGAUUGGUCAGGAGUGUGAGGACCCCUGCUGUAACGCCUCCACCUGUCAGCUGGUUCCUGGUGCUCAGUGCUCGUCUGACGGGAUCUGCUGUCAGGACUGUAAGGUCAGUCCGCCCCACUGAUCCAAAAACUCUUUGCCGUUUAAAUCAAAUAAACGCAUUCUGAUCUGAUUUUAACCCCCCGCCCCCCACCCAGCUGAGGACAGCGGGCUCUGUGUGUCGUGACCCCCUUGGAGAGUGUGACCUCCCUGAAUUCUGCACAGGCUCCUCCCCUUACUGCCCCCCCAACGUCUUCCUGCAGAACGGCGAACCCUGUGAGAACGGCGCCUCCUACUGCUACGGGGGGGUCUGCUCCAGCAUGAAGACCCAGUGCCAGCUGCUGUGGGGACCCAGUAAGACACCAGUUCAGACCAGUUUAAACCAGUUCAAACCAGUUCAGACCAGUUCAAACCAGUUCAGACUAGAAACAUCAUUCGUCUUCUUCUUUUUUUGGUUCACUGUUUUAUUUUUUAAUUCCAGUUUUUCUUGAACUUUUCUCGGUUCACAGUAAACUUUGUAUUUUUCUCCAUCAGGAACAGGUCGUUAUAAAGAGAUAACUGUGACAGACUUAAAACAUUUUUAUCUCUAAAAGGGCAGAAAAUAUAAAAAAGUGAGUCCACAAUAUUACUAACAUAACAUGUAUUUUAUCUGUACUCACACUCACAUCAAAUAGACAUGUCACUGGGGUACACAGCGCCAGCAAAUCCCCCCCCCCCCCCGUCGUCAUCACUUCAUCUACUAAGAGAAACAUUUAUAUUCUGUGUAAUUAAUUUAUAAAGUUUGUCCACAGCUCCAUAAGGAGGCGGGAUUUAUGACCUAUACGGCAGCCCGUCACCAGAGGGUGCUGUUCUCAGAGUGGCUUCACCCAGAGAGGAGGCAGACGGCGUCCAUUCUAGAUACAGUCUAUGGUCCCGACAUGCUGUUGUUGUGCCGACCAAGAUUACAGAAAAUUUAGAUUUAGUAAUAUUAGGUAAUUGAGAUUUAUCCCCCAGUAAACAGAGUUCUGGGCUUGAAGAAAUUUCUGCUUUGAGCUUGUUAUUGAGGUCUGAUUAACACACAGACAGUGGAGAAGGUUCCAGUUACCUGAUUACAUUUCCAGUCAUUUCAUCCUGUACAGUCUAGAGGGUGUGUAGUAGUGUCACAGAGCGCUAUAUGUUCUGAUUGGUCAACAUCACCAUCAUCAUUAUCAGGAGACUCUGACAGGAGGUCCACCAUGAUCCAUGAGAGUCGACAUGGGAUUAGAUGACAAGUUCUCUCCUCUGUCUCUCUCUCUCUGUAUCUCCCUCUCUUUUUCUCUCUCUCACUCUCUCUCUCUUUCUCUCUGUCUCUCUGUCUCUCUCUCUCUCUCCCUCUCUGUCUCUCUGUCUCUCUCUCUCUCUCUCUCUCUCUCUCUCUCUCUCUCUCUCUCUCUGCAGAUGCCACCAGCGCUCCUCCUGUCUGUUUCUCCUCCGUCAACAAACAAGGAAACAAAUUUGGAAACUGUGGUCAGCUGGCGAACGGAUCCUACAUCCCCUGUGGAAACUUGUAAGUAAACAAAGGUCACAGGUUGAUCAAAUAUUUUUAGUAGUAAAUCCAAAUAAUUCCAUCAGAAAGACCAUUCCAAAAAAUUUUGGCACAAGAAUUAGAAGAACAGAUCUGUCUGUUUAUUAUUACAUUUUUAAUCUUUGAUAGUGAUGCUGUUCAGCAGGAUAUCAGUCUUCAACAUUGGUUGUUUGUUAAAUAAAUUGCUGCCUUGUAAUAGUUUUAAGAAACAAGCUUAUAUUGCAUCAAAUACAAUAUUCUUGUGUAGGUAUUGGAAUACUGAAGGUCUUUAAAAAUUCUGUGUAUGAAAACAAUUGACCACUCUCGUUGAGCAAUUUCAUUUGCUGGUUUCUAAAGGUUAAGGAACAUCUGUGGAUGAGUCACCGCCAUGUUGGCAUCAUGUGACCACACAGUCACAGAGCCUGAAGCAAAUCCAGGUCAAUCAUCAGACCCAGUUUGUGUUUUUGUGAUCUGAGGUCCAAAUGGAUCCAUGUAGACAGCAGCAGAGUUCAGAGACUCAGAUCAGGGGGUCCUAGACCCUCUUUAGACCUUUAUGAAGAGUCAAAGUCCACCUCUGAUGGUCUCACUAGAACCGGUCUAACGGACCCAGAAGUCUUUAAGUGGGUGAGGACUAGGGAUGUAACGAUAUGAAAAUUACACAUCACGAUUAUUGUGACCAAAAUUAUCACGGUUAUCAGUAUUAUCAUGGUAUUGUUGAAAUAUGUUCAAAAUGUUUAAAAAAUACUUAUACACGCCCUGAAAUCAUUAUACAAAGUUCUAUUUUGGAAAAACAAUCAAAAUAACAUGCAGAAUGAACUUUUCCUUAACCUUUAAUAACAGAGGAAUGAUAAGCUUAAAAAAUUAAAAUGGGGCCUUAAAAGAGCCAGAGGUAAUCAACACUAGUACUAGUAAUAAAGUACAAAGAAAUGUGCCAGUGGCAUAAACAUUAACAUAAUAACAAAUGAAUCAAAUUUAAAUAAAAUGACAUUCCUUAUUGUGCAAAUUGUAAGAAUCUUCAGUGCUCAAAAUAAUCUCUUUAUAACAGAGCAACACUACUGUAUGAAACAAUACAACCACAUGUAAACAAAGGUGCAGUGCCUUUAACUCGCUGUACAGUUUUGGGUGGUUAUAACGUAGAUGGGACAUCAUGUUGGAAGUGUUUCCACCCUUCACAGAGAUUUUUUGGGGCAUUUUCUGCAAACUAGUCGGCCGCCCUCAAUCAGUGUCUCUUCUGCGUCUUUGUAGAAGCAGAAAUACACCCAGACUUUGGACUUUGUUGUCUUUGAUGACGGAAAAAUUUCUGCAAUACAGCCGGCAGAACGUUCUUUAAAGUUCUUUACUGCGCGCCUGUGUCCGAAGGACUGCUGCCUGCUGCGAUUCUUUUCAACACUGAGCAGUAUCACUUUGAGCUUUUCCAGAGUGCAACAAUCAAACACGGUUUUCACGGUAAUUAAAAUUUGAAACAGUAGUACUAACCAUCAGACACUUUACCGUGGUUUAUCAUUUUAGCGGUAAUCAUUACAUCCCACAGCAAAGACACGUCACUCUGAAAGUGUCUUAGCUCACUGUGUUGGCACCGCAGGGUGUCGGGGUCAAACAGACAAAGGAGAUAAGAAAAAAGACUUUAAAUAAACUCGUGAAAAAAGAAAGACGAGGAAUGAUCGGAGGGAAAGCUGCAAACAGGUUCAGGAGAGUCCUCCAUCUGAGGGUCAGUCCAAGUUCUGCUUCUGGAUUCCUUGGUCCAGUAUCUUCACGCUGUUUGUUUCUUUGCAGAGACGUUCACUGCGGCAGGAUCCAGUGUCAGGGUGGGAGGCGGCGCCCCCUGCUGGGCACCAACGCAGAGAUCCUUACCACCAAAGUCAAGUUCAACCACAGUGACCUAGUUUGCAGAGGAACCUUCUUCCACCUGGGAGACGACGUGUCCGACCCCGCCACAGUGGCUCAGGGUACCGCCUGUGGACCUGGCAAGGUCAGCCAGCGCCCCCUGCAGGCUGGAGGCAGGAAGAGGGUUCAGUCAGGACCGCCAGAGUCAGAGAGAGAACUGUUAACGUAGUCAAAUCAACCUUAACCCCAAAGACACUGGUAGAAACAAAAAGCAUAGGAGCUGGAGGAGUGGAGACCUUUCUAAUGUUUCCCUUCAAUGACAGCUGGAUGGUAGAAGGAACCUGUAGCUGGUCUGAGCUGGUGUUAGAAUCAGCUCCUGGCCUGCCUGAACUAACUCUCUGAUUUUGAUUUGAUGAUAAAAAAUUAGAGAUGGAGAACUGAACAGGUUUUGAUAAAACACUUAAGAUCAAGUAAUAACUCUGUGUGUGUGUGUGUGUGUGUGUGUGUGUGUGUGUGUGUGUGUGUGUGUGUGUGUGUGUGUGUGUGUGUGUGUGUGUGUUUCAGGCCUGUUUGAACCAGAGGUGUCAGGGUGUGUCGGUGUUUGGCGUGGAUAAAUGUCGCAGAAAGUGUAACGGACAUGGGGUGAGUGGAUGACACUAGUGGUGGGGGAUAUAUUGAAUAUACUUGAUAUAUCUCGGGUUUUUUCACGUGAGAUGUAUAAAAUGACCACAUCGCCUCCAUCGAGUACAAAUUGACACGUAGGCUUUAUGUUUUAAGGCGUCAGUAUGCAACUAUCUCUGGAGUUUCGAUCCUCUCACUCUCCCGCCGAUCCUCUUAUAGUAAGCAGCACUCUCCCCCUCCCAGCCGGGAAACUCUCCUGCGCGCAUGCGUGUUGUUGUUAAAGGAAAGGAGGGAGACGAGCACGGAGAGAGCGAAAAAAGUUGAGACCCAAGACAAGUUUACGAGUUACUACGAGGAGGGAGGGAUGGAGAUUGACGACUUGGUGCCGAAAAGGCACAGCAUUGGCUCUAUCUUCUGGCAGUGGUUCGGGUUUCGCCAGGAAGACGUGGAGCAAAAUACGGUUAUCUGCAAAGCGUGACGCAAAAUUGUAGCCACCAAAGGGAGCAGUAUCACAAACCUAUUUCACCACCUGAAAUGCCAGCCACUACAAAACGAAGAAUGCAUCAGACCCCGUAUGUCCACGUCUCCUCCUACACCACAUAAACCGUCACAGAAAACAGCACCGGAGCAAAUGUUGUCAAAAACAUAAACAAACCUUAAAUACAACCAUGUUUCCACCCCUUUCAUGUGACUGAUAUUGUUCAGAGAGGUUUUCAAAGAUAUCAUCCGGACAUCUUCCUCUGUGGUCUGCACUUUUUACUUUCUACUUUACCUUUUUAAAAUGACCAGUUUUACAAACAUGUUCAAGCAGAGAAAGUGCACUUUAAUUUAGAUUGUUUUGAAAGGUCUUUCUCAGAUAUUAUAGUUUAAUGCACUUUUUUUUAAGCGACCAGAGUAGACGAGCCUACCAUGCUACUAUUUUUUUUUAUUUAAAACUGUGCAGCAGUUCAGUUUGAAUUAAAAGGUUCACUGAACUCAACUUGAUUGUGAUUUUCCCUGUUUGCAUGCAAAUUCCAAUCCAACAGAAUAGUCUGCUGAAGUCAUACUGGUGUUAUUUUAUGCAUCAAAGGGUUAAAAUUUAAUAUUUAUAGAGUGAUUUAGAGGAGAUGUCAGAAACUCGGGAUAUUUAUCGUGUAUCGCAAUAUAGCCUAACAAUAUUCAGAUAUAGUUUUUUGGCCAUAUAGUGCAGCCCUAUAAAUAUAUAUUAAUAUUAAUAUUAUAUUUAUAUGUAUUUACCUGUUUUUAUAAAUGUAUAAAAUGUAUAUAUUGAUAUUUAUUUAUAUAUAUAUAUUUAUAUAUGUGUA